AGUUCCUGUGUUAUUGAGCAUUUCGAAGUCUGGGUGUUGACGACGUGAUAAGCUACACAUUAUUAAAAUUACACAAUAUAAAGGUUUAAAAUCAUGGAUUUGGGUGUCGCUAAGAGUUUUAUUCUGCUUGGUAUUUUUCUUUAUUUCGGAACGUUAGUGUCGGUUCAAGCGGAGACACAUUCCCUGUACUACAUCUACAGCGCUUUAUCCAAACCUUUGAAUCUGCCAGGCAUCUAUGAUUUCACAGCUAUGGGUUUACUGAAUGACAGAGAGAUUGAUUACUACAACAGCAAGGAACAAAAAAAGAUUCCUAAACAGGAUUGGAUGAAAGAGAAAUUGCCACAGGAUUACUGGGAGAAAGGUACCCAAUCCCGAAAGAGCAAAGAACAGUGGUUUAAUGUGAAUGUCAACAUUCUGAUGGAACGAAUGAGACACAAUGUAUCAGAUCAUGUUCAUAUUCUUCAAUGGAGACAUGGUUGUGAAAUUGAAAAACAGGGAAGUGAAGUUACAUUCUCCAGAGGUAUCGAUGAAUACAGCUAUGACGGUGAAAACUUCCUUUCCUUUGAUGAUAAGAACUCGCAGUGGGUUGCCCCAGUUGAUGCAGCUGUCCCAACAAAGAGGAAAUGGGAUAAUGUGCCCAUCUUAAACCAGUACACCAAGGGCUACCUGGAGAAAGAAUGUGUGGACUGGUUAAACAAGUUCAGAGAAUAUGGAGACAAGGAACUCAGAAAACAAUCUGCACCAGAGGUUCGUGUGUUCGCAAAAAGGGCUCCCGGUAACAAAAACAACUUGAAACUCACCUGCCUGGCCACUGGCUUUUACCCCAAAGAUGUGACUUUGGUCAUUAGGAAAUAUCGCACAUCUCUGCCUGAAAAUGAGAUUGAAUCCACAGGAGUCAGACCAAAUCAUGAUGGAACAUAUCAGCUGCGGAAGAGUGUGAAAAUUGCAGAGGAUGAAAAAGCAGAUUAUGAUUGUUUUGUGUCACACAUCACCCUACAAGAACCAAUAAUCACCAAAUGGGAUGGGAAAUGCAGUGACUGCAGUGGAUCCCUGGCUAUUGGUGUUGUGAUUGGCAUUGUGAUUUCUUCAGUUGUUUUCAUUGUAGUUGCAGCAGUUGGCAUUCAUUUUUUCAAGAAAAAAACAAAUACGGCCUAUUGAAGUGGGUAGGAUGUGAAGUUCGUCAGAACAUGAAGCAAUGAAGAGCAAGAACUCAGCGCCUCCACUUGCAACUGCAAAAGAAAAAAGCUUCAGAAAAGCAAGAGUGCAUUUGGAUUUAUUGAACUUUUUUAAUGUGUACAUCUACUGUGGAAAACAAGCUUGAAAGUCCCUGUCAGAUUAACCGAUUAUUUUUCUCUCAACUAUCUUGACGUUAAAUAGCUAAGAUAGGUGUACGCGAAAACAAGCUUGAAAGUCCCUGUCAGAUUAACCGAUUCUUUUUCUCUCAACUAUCUUGACGUUAAAUAGCUAAGAUAGAUGUACGCAGUAACAUGCAAUGGCUUAUGCCUAGUAUUAUUUAAGCUGGUUACUAUUUUACAUUAUAGAAAGUUAUGUUAAUUUUAUUAAGCGUUGUUUGAAACUCCAGAAUCAGUUUAUCGCUCUUAUCGGCAUAGUUUUGGCCUCACCUGUGGCUCUUUUUGCAUUAAUGUGGUUUUGUUUUAAAUACAUUACUUUUGCAGUGGUUACGCCUGGCAUCCACACUUUUAAAUACUUCUGCUGCAGUGCAGACAUCCUAAAUGGAGUCUUGCGUAAAUUAAGUUACUGCCCACAUUUGCUCGCCCCAUUAUCUCCUGGAUCAUUGCAUAUCCUUCCCUUAUUCGUCAAGCCCCUUUUCAUGACCAUUACGCUACUAAAAGAUGACAAUGACAAGAUGCAAUGACCGUGUAAACAAUAACAUGGUGUUUUUUAAGAUGUAAAACAAAUCUUUGGUGUGCCCAGAGUACAUGUGGAGUUUUAGCUCAAAAUACCAUAUAGAUCAUUUUUAUAACAUGUUAAAUUUGCCAUUUUUUAGAUGUAAGCAAAAAAUUUCUAGUUUUUGCGUGUCCUUUUAAAUGCAAAUGAGCUGGUGAAAUGCAAACACUGAAAAUAAUGGCCACUUAGGUGGUUUGUUGAAAUUAUUUUCUCUCUUUCUGCAUUAAAUGGCAGUGCUGUGGUUGGAUAGUGCAGAAUAAGGAGCAGUAUUAUUAUUAUAACAAGAUCCCCUUUUGACAUCACAAGGGGAGUCAAAUUUCAGUAAAAGCUGUCUGCUUUUGUCACUUGUAGUUAAACUCACACAAACAAGUAUGAAAUUCAACUGUUGAAGAUUAACAGCAAUUGUUCACUGUGUCUGCUUACAUGCGCAAGAGGCAAGCUACAGUAUAAUUAAAGCAAUGUAGCGGCGGCAGUGGCUCAGUGGUUCAUGUAGGUUGUUUAAAAACCAGGUUAGUGGUUUAAUCCCCGGCUCCACCUGACCAAGUGUCAAAGCUCUCAUUGAGCAAGACACCUAACCCCACCUGCUCCCGACGAGCUGGAUGGCACCUUGCAUUGCUGACACCGCUGUCGGUGUAUGGGUAGGUGAAUGGGUGAAUGUGAGGCAACUUGUAAAGCGCUUUUGAUGGCCAUAGGUCUGUUAAAAGCACUAUAUAAAUGCAGUCCAUUUACCAUUUACCAAUGUAAGCUAGCAAUAGAACACGCAUGCCAAGUGUGCAUAAAUGGUCAGGUUCGAUCAUGUAGUGUGGCCGGAGAUCUUUUCUUAAUUGCCAGUAUAGACGAUGAUUUUUAUUUUAGGGGACUGCCCCUUAAAACAGCUAAAUAAACAUGUCAGGGAAGUUUUCCAGACAAGGUUUAGAUUAAGCCAAGACUAGACCUUAGUUAAAUAAAGACAUUUGAGUAGUUUUUACAAACAUACUUUAAAAAGCAUACAGAUGAGGAUCUAAAGACAAAAUAAUGGAACUGAUGUGUGUUAAGAUUUGUCAGUGCAUGUUUUUUGCAAGUCAGCUCAAACAUGCAUUAUAGUUGGCACUAUGAUAAGCCCUGUCAACCACCCUGUCUACUUUAAGACUUGACUGCACUUUUGUUUUAUUAUUAUUUACAAUAAAGAUUACUUCUGUACAAA